AUGGCGAGCCCGCAUCUAGAUCUGACGGUGCCUCCGAAGGAGGAGGAACAGGAAGAGUGGAAGUCCGAGCGCGGUCAUGACAUGAGUCUUUCAAAAGCUCAUCGGCGACCAUUAACGCUGACGCACUUGCCGCUGGACAUCUUCCCUAUCAGAGUUGAGGGGAUGGCAAAAACUGCCUGCAGAUACUACACUGACAUCUAUGCGCCUGCCACAUUCCGGAGACCCCAAUUCCAUGGCCUUGCAGAGGAUCUGCCAGUUCUUCGUCAUUACAUUCCCCUUAUUCUCAGCAACCAGUUGUCGUUUGCCGCAUUGCUGGCGAAUUCCAUGUUGCAAUUCGAUCUAAUGGACCGACAACGCGUUGGCCCGUCUCCGCAGGCAAAGGGGAUGUACGACGUAACCAUUAGACUUCUCCGUCAAUACCUACAAUCGGCAGAUGAUAAGGUGUCCGAUGUGGUCAUUUGUACGAUGAUGUUCCUGGCCACCUUCGACAACUUGACAUUCAACUACGAAAGUGCCUGGAUGCAUUUGCAGGCCAUAAUCGAGGCGAUCGCUCGCAGAGGAGGAGCCCAACAACUGGGAUUCGACGGCUGGCUUGCGAAUGUAACUGACAGCUUUAUCGCGCAUGCAGAAUGCCAACGGGCACUCGUACGUCGUCAAGGAAUCUCAACCUACACAUUCAAAGGCCUUAGUCGCCCCGUUCACCCGUAUUCUCCAGUCAUCUGUGCCCAGAUAGCUAAGUUACCGCGAGCAUUUGAAGAGGUUUGUAUAAAUGAACGCCCGCUGAUUGCAGUGAUCGACAUAAUCUCUGAUGUUGCAGCAUGGGUGGAUGCGGCAAAAGCGAAUACUUCCGAACACACAGAAAGUCACCCAUCCUUGAAUGGCACACUGAUUGAAGCGAAUCUUACCAACGGGACGAAAUGCUUUGAAUUGCUUCAGAACCCUCACCUGCCGUUACAAGACCAAUUUCUCCUGAUGGCCUUGCAGGCGUAUUGCUCAAUAAUGGACUAUAGCGAACGCGGACGCUUUCUGAAUCUGGCAUAUCUCCAGGUCCACACCGGUCUCCUUCCCUCGAGCUUCUUGUUCCCGGACAGCACCCACCGACGGAGCCACCAAGCAGAGUGGCUGACCUGGGUGGGCAUGAUGAUGCUGGCAAGCUCCCACAUCGAAGCAUUGACAUGGUCGCUCGGCAUGAGGAUCUUGGACGAGCAAGAAUUAAAGCACAGUUGGAUGCAGCGAAUCAGGAUUUGCGAAAAGUUCUUCUGGAACGAACAGUUCUCCUAUCAGGUUCUUCGGAAGCUGGAGUUCAAACGCAAGAAUCCCGGUACGGUAAGAGACAAGUUCAGCUAUCUCAGGCGCUGA